CUAGAAGCUUGUGACAUGGUUGACAAUAGCAAACCGAAGCAGCCCAGGGAUGGGAUGAGGUGUAGAAGGAAAAAUCAAAUCCGUUUUAACAUUCUAAUGAUAAAAUUGAGAGGGGACGGACACGGGGCAGACAAGGAAGGGGACACCCAGGGCACAGGACACUCGGGGCAUGGAACAGCAGGGAUAAAGGAUGCACAUGGCAUAGGACACUCGGGGCUCAGGACACCGGGGACGGAGGACACCGAGGGCACAGGACGCCGGGGACAGAGGACAACGAGGGCUCAGGACGCCGGGGACAGAGGACACCGAGGGCUCAGGACGCCGGGGACAGAGGACACCGAGGGCUCAGGACGCCGGGGACAGAGGACACAGGGGGCACAGGACGCCGGGGACAGAGGACACCGGGGGCGGGCCGCCCUGCGGAGCCGCCUCGAGAGGCGGGCGCGGACCGGACGGGCUCUCGGGGCGAUGUGGAGCCCGGCCCCGCUGUGCGCCCUGGGCCGGCGGCGCCCCGGCCCCUCCGCGCCUCUGCAGCCCCUGACCCGCCUGCUCCAGAGGGAAUAUCGGCAGAAAAUCCCCAUCCUCCUGCUCCAGAGGGAAUAUCGGGAACAAUCCCUGACCCGCCUGCUCCAGAGGGAAUAUCAGGAAAAACCCCCCAUCCACCUGCUCCAGAGAGAAUAUCGGGAGAAAACUCCGACCCGCCUGCUCCAGAGGGAAUAUCGGGAACAACCCCCGAUCCACCUGCUCCAGAGGGAAUAUCGGGAACAAUCCCUGACCCGCCUGCUCCAGAGGGAAUAUCGGGAACAAUCCCUGACCCGCCUGCUCCAGAGGGAAUAUCGGGAACAAUCCCUGACCCGCCUGCUCCAGAGGGAAUAUCGGGAACAAUCCCUGACCCGUCUGCUCCAGAGGGAAUAUCGGGCGCUGCCGGGGCAGGGCUGGGGAAGGACACAGCACCUGUCUCCCCGACGCUUUGUAAAUAAUAACCCCAAAUCCAGGCGGAAUCCCAAAACAUUUCCGGUUCUAGACGGACAUGUCCCCGCUGUGUAUCGACACGUGUUCGAAGAGAAUUUAAAGAACAGCGAGGCUGUGAUUCAAAGGUACUCGGAAUUGCUGGAGAGGGUGAAGAAAGGCGGGGGAGAAAAUGCCAUCCUGCGGCACACGCAGCGCAACAAGAAGCUGUUCGUGCGGGAGCGCCUGAGGCUGCUCCUGGACCAUGAGGAUUUCCUGGAGCUGUCCCCGCUGGCAGGGCUGGACAUGCCCUACGGGGAUGUCCCUGCUGCCGCCUGCCUCACGGGAAUUGGCAGAAUCUGUGGGCUCUGGUGUGUCUUCAUUGCAAGUGAUGCCACUGUGAAAGGAGGAACAAUUUACCCAAUUGGAGUGAAGAAACAAUUAAGAGCCCAGGAAAUUGCCAUGGAGAACAGGCUGCUGUCUGUGCACCUCGUGGACAGUGGGGGAGCCUUCCUCCCCCUGCAGUCAGAGCUGUUUCCUGACAAGCUGCACGGUGGCAGGAUUUUCUACAACGAGGCAAUCAUGUCUGCCAUGGGAAUCCCUCAGGUGGCCGUGGUGUGUGGCUCCUGUGUGGCUGGAGGUGCCUACGUGCCCACCAUGGCCGAGGAAUCCGUGAUCAUUGAUAAAAUUGGGACACUCUUCCUUGCUGGGCCACCCCUGGUGAAAGCUGCCACGGGAGAAGAUGUCUCUCCUGAGGACCUUGGAGGAGCCAGGCUUCACUCACAAGUCAGUGGCUGCAGUGACCAUUUUGCAGCCUCAGAAGAGGAGGCCUAUGAGUGCAUUCGUAAUGUUGUCUCCACCUUAAACUGUGACCCAGUGCCAGAGGAGGACAGGGAGCCUGACAGCCCCUUGUACAGCCCUGAGGAGCUCCUGGGCCUGGCACCACUGGAUUACAGCUGCACUCUUCCUGUCAAACUGAGUCUGUACAUUUCUUUGCAGAUUCUGAGCCGGCUGGUGGACGGAAGCAGAUUCCAGGAAUUCAAGGCUGCUUAUGGAACAACAUUAGUGACAGGAUUUGGCCAUGUGGAAGGGCACUUGGUGGGGAUAGUGGCCAACAAUGGGGAGCUGGUUCACGAUGCUGCUCUCAAGGGCAGCCACUUUGUCCAGCUCUGUGGCCAGAGGGGAAUUCCCAUCCUCUUCCUCCAAAACACUGCUCCACAGCCAGCAGGGCCUGCAAGCAUCUCACAGGCAGAGGCUCAUUCCAACAGGCUGAAGGCCCAGGCCUCCAUGAUGGCAGCAGUUGCCUGUGCUGCUGUUCCCAAAAUAACCAUUGUCAUUGGAGGCUGUUUUGGGAGCGACAGCUACGUCAUGUGUGGGAGAUCAUUCAGCCCAAACUUCCUGUUCCUGUGGCCCAAUGCAAGAGUUGCUCUUGUGGAUCCUCGACAUUUCCCCACAGUUCCACCAGCUGGGGACUGGGCAGGAGAGGAACUGGAGCUAAAACAGCUGAAGGCAAAGCUGGAGGAAGAAAGCAGUGCCUUUUACUCCUCUUCCAGGCUCUGGGAUGAUGGGAUCAUUCUGCCUCAAGACUCCAGGAAGGUGAUUGCCCAGUGCUUGGAGAUCAUGGAACAGAAGAAGUCCCAGGCUGUGUCUCCCCAUCCCCAUCCCAUCAUCAGGAUGUAACUUCAGCCCCCUCAAACCAGAACCUUCUACCAGAACUCUGAGUAUAAAGAUUUUCUAAUUCUUUGAUACUAUUAAUAAAAAUGUUGAACAAUUGAAGACAAACAAGAAUCCCAGAUUUUAAAUCUGCUGGCAGAAAGUUUUUAUUUUCAACAAUAGCCUCUUUUAACAUCAGCUGCAAGUUUAUUCUGGGAGAAGGAAGGAUUAAGCUCAACACCUGUAGCACCCUAAGGAAGCAAAGUCAGCCCAAAAUCGCUUGAUUUUUUUCAUGUCCAUGUUUUAACAUGAAAUCCAGAAAUCAAGGAACUGCACUUGGACAAAAGAAAGGGAAAAGAGCAAACACACAAGGGAAGGUGUGCAGUUUGCAGCCUGGCUGAAGAACAAAACUCUACCUGCCACCCUCUUGGGAUUCCCAAAGCAGCUGUGCACUGGGAUUGCUCUGAGGAUACCACAGCAAUGAUCAGGAUGGUGUUUAAAUCCAAAAUCCUUCAGUGUAGGCUAAAAAUUCUCAACCAUGUGACAGAGCACAGCCUGUUGUACACAAUGUUACCUCUUGUAAAAGCCUUCAGGUUACUCUGCUCUUUCAGCUUCUUUCACUCUGCUGCAGCUACAAAGUUUAAUUUCGCAUAAACAAAACCUCUCCAACACCCCAAACUUGUGUUUUAACUGGAAAUGAUACCAAAGGCUGCGUUUAAAAAAUACCUGAUUAACCAUUUUGAAGAAUCAUUGACAAGACUGAACUGCUUGAUCUGAGUUUAAGCAGCCCCACAAAGGCAAAGGGCUGUGGAGGGAGUUUGGGUCACCUGUAAACGGAGACUGCACCUUUUGG